UGUCUAUGUAACAGUGGAAAUGUCGGCUACAUUGAUUGGACGUGUUUUGCAAAAGGGCUCUCGGGAAGCCUUAAAAGGCGCGAGAGCUUACAGCAAACCAACAGAAGCGAUUCUGCGCAAGAAUACUGCGUACCAAGAGGAUAAUGGCGUCCCAGUUUACCUGAAAUCGGGGUUUGGAGAUAAAGCACUCUUCAUUGUAACUGCUACUUUGAUAGGCAUGGGAGUGAUUCAAAGUUACUACACGUUGAUAUCCAUGGCAAUGGGAAAGAAAAAAUGAGAGUUAUUGGUGUGAAUAUGUUUGUAGUAUAUUUGAAUAAAUAAAUAAACAAGCUAUGGUAUAA